CAUAUUUAAUUGAUAAUUAUGCAAAUUUAGAGUGGCACACACGUUUUUUGCUUAUUUUUUCACCAUCGUAAAACGGAUUGCUUAGAAAACCAAAGAGUACAUCUCCCACCGUCGAGCCGCUCGUUUUGAUGUAUAACUUGGGAGGGUGCACGUGUUAACGUCCACAGAAGAAGAAUAAAGGUGAUCAGGAGCACAACAUAAAGGGCCCUGCCAGCGUCUGCGUGUGCUCUAUAUGACGUCAUCAAAGGCUCGUCAGUCAGUAGUAGACUCCACAGCUCACUGUUAACACACGUGUGACAGAGCUCUCAUGAGAAUCGUCGCGUUUUUGACUUUCUCUCUCAAACACAAGAAUAUUUACACAAAGACCCAGAAAUGCCUGGAAACAACGUCUCUAGUGAAACAAAACCGUCUUGGUAUGCAAGGGCGUAGGAACCGGGGGGGACGGGUGGGACGUGUCCCCUCCAAUAUUGGACAAACGCGCAUUUGUCCCCCCCAAUAACAUGGAGAAGAAAAAGAUUGAUUUUGAAAUAUUUGGCUCGCGAGCUUUUAUUUUGAAAGACACCGCGGACUUCUCUCCGACACAGCCCCUCCCCUCAGGGAGUUAGCUGGCUGAGUGAUGGAGCAGGACCCUUCUCGGAGUUGGAGCCAGGGUAGACACAGGUGUCAGAGAGACGGAAGCAGCUCAGCAAGUUCUUCUCAUGGGCAAAAAAAUAAAGAAAGGAAUUGUGAGUUGGUAAUAAUUUAGUCCAAGAGUAUAAUUGUAUUUCUGGUCAGACGCUAAAAUGGCUGACUAGCGUAAACAUCUUGCUAGUUAGCGUUAAACAUUAAACAACACUACUAGUCAACAAAAAAUGGCGAAUUUAACAGUAACAGACAAAAACCAUUUGACACGAAAUAAAUAAAAAAAGUAGAAUCUCCACAUAAAAAUGGAGUUUGUAAGUGUGAUUGUUGCUUGUUUGUGACAUUCUCAUCACAUUUCAUUUUUAAACCUUAUUCAUGUCACUUUUUUUCAUAUAAGAGACCAGAGGAAGUUCAGCAGGAAAUGAUGAAGAAGGUGAGACAGCUGACCACCAGACCUGCUGAGGUGCAGAACCAGUCAUCAUGGAGGCCCGAGUCCUGCCGGGAGUGUACCUGCCACGGCGACGUGCCCCUCUGCAGCCCCGUCCGCUGCCCAAACCUCCAGUGUGACUUCCAGAGGGGGGAAAAUCUGAGGCUCCCUCCCAACCAGUGCUGCCCCGAGUGCACCUCCUCAUCCCCCGACUCCUGCCAGUACGAAGGAGUCACUUACGGACACGACAGCCAGUGGAGCCCCUCGCCCUGUUCGCGGUGCGUCUGCUCCAGAGGGAGGGUGUCCUGCGCCGCCCACCCCUGUCCACAGCUCACCUGCUCACCGGGCCAGAGCCUGCUGGUCCCGCCCGGGAAAUGCUGUCCCAGGUGUGGCGGCAACGGAGCGUCCUGCUCCUGGCAGGGAGGCAUCUACAGGGACGGAGAGGAGUGGAAGCCCACCAUCUGCUCCAGAUGUUCCUGCAGCAACGGGAAGGUCCAGUGUUGGGUGGUGGAGUGUCCGCAGGUGGCCUGCAGAGCCCACGAGAACCUGGUGAUCCAGCCGGGCCGCUGCUGUCCUCGGUGUGUGUCCACCCCUUGUCUUUCUGCUGGACACCAGCAGCAGCACGGAGAGCUGUGGAAGAAGAACACCUGCACCACAUGUGUGUGUGACAAAGGUCAAUCCAAAUGCCACACACACACCUGUCGGCCAGUCACCUGUGAUGAGGGUCUGACCAAAGUGAGGCGUCCCGGCCAGUGCUGUGAUGAAUGUGCCCCUGCCAGGGGAAGCUGCCUAUACCAGGAUGUAGUGCGUUACCAUGGCGACAUGUGGAAUGGCACAGGAUGUGAGUUCUGCUCCUGUAACCGAGGUCAGGUCCUCUGUCGGAGGGCGGAGUGCGGCCGUGUUGAAUGCCUACAGGGAUCGGAGCUCGUUCACCUGCCUGGGAAGUGCUGCCCGGAGUGUUCCCCUGUGAAACCAUCCUGCCUGCUUGAGGGGAAAUCCUACCAGAACCUGGCUCGCUGGGCUGUCGGACGCUGUCGUGAAUGUGAAUGUCACGACGCCCAGGUGACCUGUUACCUUGGCUCCUGCCCCACCUGCCCACUUGGGACCCUGGCUGUCAUAAAGGAAGGCCACUGUUGCCCCGACUGUCUCCAUGUGCAGUGCCACACAGACUGCCUGUCCUGUCUGGGGACUCCUGACCACUGUGAGAGCUGCAGAAACCCCAAAGCUCUCCUCCAUCUUGGUCGCUGCCUUUCUGUCUGUCCGCCGGGCUUUUAUUCUGAAGGACAAGGCUGUACAGCAUGCCCGUCCUCCUGUGCCACCUGUUCCAGCAGGUGGGUCUGCCAGUCCUGCAGCCCCCAGCGACCUGUUCUGAGCCCGGAGAGAGACCAGUGUCUGGUUGCAUGUCCUCCUGGGUCCUACCAGCAGGACCACACACGCUGCGUCCGCUGCCAUGAGUCCUGCUCGGAGUGUCGAGGCCCGAGUCAGCAGAACUGUUCCUCAUGUUCAGAACCAGCUGCUCUCCUACAGGACGGCGUGUGCGUCUCUGACUGCGGUCCUGGCUUCUACAGCCAGGACGGCGUCUGCUACGCUUGUGAUUGGUCCUGCGCCUCCUGUUUCCCUGACAACCCCAAAUGCAUGAGCUGCCCUGUGGGGGCUGCGUUGCAUCAUGGGAAGUGUAUUACUCAGUGUCCGCCUCAGCAUUACCUGGAUGGCCACAGCAGAUGCAGAGCCUGCCACAGCUCCUGCGCCUCCUGCUGGGGUCCUUCUGUGUCCCAGUGCUCCUCCUGUCCAGGUGGGCUCCUGCUCCACCAGGGUCAGUGUGUGGAGUCCUGUGGGGAGGGUCUGUAUGCUCAGGACAGCAGCUGCCACAAUUGUCACCCCUCCUGCCGCUCCUGUGUGGGACCUCUGGCCUCAGACUGCCUCCGCUGCCUGAAACCAGAGGAUGUUCUCCUUCCUCAGUCUGCUCUCCUUCAGCACGGCGUCUGCACAGCUGGAUGUGCUGCACGCAGCUUCCUGGACCACGCGCUGAUGUGCCGAGAGUGUGAUCCCUCCUGCCAGCUCUGUACUGGACCAUCUGCAGAAAACUGCACCUCCUGCAGCCCCCCAUCCAGCCUGCACGAGGGUCAGUGUGUUCCCACCUGUCCACAAGGCUUCUUCACCCACAACCACCAAUGUCAAGUUUGUCAUCCAACCUGCCAGACGUGCUCCGGGUCCUCCGAGGCCGACUGCACCUCCUGCCCCCCGCGGGCCUCCUUACAGAACGGCUACUGCAGGACUAGCUGCCAGGAGGGUCAUUACCUCAGCGCCAUCCCCGGAGAGUGUCUCAGGUGCAGCUCGGACUGCCAGCGCUGCACAGCAGACCUUCAGACGGGGAUCGGCAGCGUGUGUCUGCGGUGCAAAGCUCCGAGGACAUGGCUGCUGGGGGAUCACUGUGUCAGUCAGUGUCCUAGCGGUCGUUACAGCUGGCAUGGAGCCUGCAUCAAAUGCCAUCCUUCAUGUGAGUCCUGCAGGGGGGCGGGGCCUCUGUCUUGUACUUCCUGCCCCACCAACAACUUUCUGCUGGACUCUGGUCUUUGUUCCCCCAAAUGUCCCAUUGGUUACUUUGACAACGGCCUGCGGUCCUGCCAGGCCUGUGACAGCCAGUGCCUGACGUGCCACGCGGCUGCCGUCUGCACGACCUGCCGCGACCCCGCCAGGGUGCUGCUGUUCGGAGAGUGUCAGUACGACAGCUGUGCCCAUCAGUACUACCUCAACACCACCACCCGCACCUGCAGAGAGUGCGACUGGAGCUGUAACGCCUGUAAAGGUCCUCAGAGAACCGACUGCCUGCAGUGCAUGGAGGGCUACCUGCUGCAGGAUGGCGUGUGCACGCAGAGGUGCUCGCCGGGCUCCUACCAGGAUGGAGACCGAUGCAUCAGCUGCGACGACCACUGUCUGACAUGUCAGGGUCCGGGUCGGUGCCUGGAGUGCCGUCCUCCCUACGCCACUCUGCGGGGACAGUGUGUGCUCCAGUGUGGCAGAAGCUACUUCCUGGACGUCUCCUCAAAUGACUGCAAGUCGUGCUCCUCUGACUGCGUGCUGUGUGAUGAGGUCGGACGCUGCAAAGCAUGUCGUAACCCCACCUACCUGAUGGAGGGAUACUGCACCCCCGACUGUGGGCGUGGCUUCUACUCUGAUCGGAGGACGAGGACGUGUCUGGUGAACACCCACGCUCCGGUCCUCCACAUCCAUGGCUCCCUGCUGGUUCCUCUGGGUGGUUCUGCCCCGCUGCAGCCCCCCCUGCUUCAGGUGAGGGACCCAGACGGAGCGUCCGAGCGACUCGUCUUCCAGCUCGUCCACGUUCCGAACAACGGACGUCUGUUCCUGUUGACGCCGGACGCAGGAGACGGGGAGGGCUGGCAGGAACUCGGCAGUGGAGACAGCUUCACGUGGGCCGAGCUGAAACUGAGCCGGGUCCACUUCACCCACCUGAACGACAAAAGCAGGGCCGGAGAGUUCUCACUGCGUGUUGCAGACCCCCAGCUGUUCUCUCAACCAGCAAAGGUUCCGGUUCAGGCUGUGUCCAUGCAGCCUCCGAGGGUCGUGACCCUCGCGCCGCUGACCUUAGACAGCCCCAGACUCCUGGCAACCAUCACCAAAUCUGUCCUGCACAUUGACGACCUCGACAACCCCGCUGACGUCUUCAUCAUGGUGCUCGAACCACCCCGCCAUGGCCGGCUGACCCGUCUCCAUGGCGACCGUGGUCUGAGUAGAUUCAAGCUGGAGGAGCUUUCGCAGGAGCAGAUCCAGUACGUCCACGACGUCUCCGAGGGGACAGAGGACAGCUUGGUGCUGCAGGUCAACGACGGCCACAGCUACCAGAACGUCCUGCUGCAGAUCCACAUCACUCACAAGGCUCAGGACUCUCCCCACCUGGUGACCUUACCCAUGACCUGGGUGAGGGAGGGCGGGAUGGUGCGGCUUGACAAGAAGUAUCUACAGACUGACUACAAGGGAGUCGGAGCUGAUGAUGUCAUCUACACCAUCCUCACGUCAGACGGGAAACCUAAAUAUGGGGAGGUGGUUCUCAUCUCCAUGCCUGCCGACGGGCCGCCUGAAGGGUGGAGUUCCUCCCUACCCGAGGAUGGAGUAUUCACGUCCACAACGUCUUUCACCCAGCAGGAUGUGUACGACGGCACAGUCUGGUACCGUCACUUUGGCGUGGGCUCCGAUGGCGACUCCUUCCUGUUCCAGGUUUCUUCGGACGUCUCACCGGUCCUACAAAGUGAUGCUCAGAUGUUCACCAUCGGAGUUCUCCCUCAGAUCCCAGGAUUCCCUCAGCUGGCUCCUGACUGUGACCUGCAGAUCGCAGCGCUGGAGGACCGAGUGACGGAGAUAACACCUUCAGCUCUGUCCUUCGUCGACUCCGAGACUCCCAGCGAGAAGCUCUCCUACAACAUCACUAAACCGCUCCUCCCAGGUCAAGGAGCCAUCGAGCAUCGGGACAAACCGUACACGGCGGUGAAGAUUUUUACGCAGGCCGACGUCGAUACCGGUAAAAUCAUUUACCGACCGCCGGCGGCUCCGUCACACCUCCAGGAGCUUUACCAGUACUCCUUCAUUGGCCUGCCCGAGUCGCUGAGCGUUUAUUUCACAGUGUCAGAUGGUGAACACACCACCCCUGAGCUGGACUUUGCCAUCCUGCUGCUUUCAAACCACCAGCAGCCGCCAGUGUUCCAGGUUCUGGACCCGCUGCUGGAGGUCCGCGUGGGAGGACAAGCCGCCAUUGGCGGUCAGCAGCUGGCGGUGACCGACGCUGAUACGGCUCCAGACGAGCUUGAGUUUGAGCUGGUGGACGCUCCCGUCCACGGGCAGCUGAUAAAGACAGACGACGGCACCCGCAUGGACAGCGGCCACGUUUUCACCUUCAGCGACGUUACCCGAAAAGUUCUGCUCUACCAGCAUGCUGGCCUCUCCACCCAGGACGACGCCAUGUCUUUCUCAGUCAGUGAUGGGAUCUCCAUGGCAACCACAGUGGUUCAGGUGGUGCUGCUCGUUGAGGGGGGUGACGGGCCACAACGGGACCCCGCAGCCUUGCUGUCUCUGGAAGUGGGCGAGAAAAGCAGCACCAUCAUCAGACGCUCUCAUGUGGCCUACACCGACAAGACGUCUCCAGAUGAUGAGAUCCACAUCCAGCUGGUGUCUGUGCCAAUGUACGGAAAUCUGACCCGGACUGAAUCCCAGCAGGAGCCUCAGCAGCUGAAGGAGUAUUCUUCCUUUACUAUGGAGGACAUCAACACUCAAAAGAUCAGGUACGUCACAUCUUUGGAGACAGGAGGUCAGCCAGUAACAGACAGCUUCCACUUUGUUGUUCAUGAUGGUGACGACAAUCGCCUUGACAACCAGAUGUGCACGGUCACCAUCACGUCCAUGCCCAGACAGCCCCUGGUGGCCACGGUGCGAAGCGGCAUCAAGGUUCAGGAAGGCGGUCGUGUGCUGCUGUCCACCAAUCACAUCGCUGUGUUGGACGAUGACUCCUCCAGAACUGACCUGCUGGUUUGGAUCGUCGCUCCUCCCAAAUACGGGUUCAUAGAAAACAUCAACAGAGGUGGAUCUGUCGGCGGCUCACACCUCGUCACCACGGAUGUUCCCUUUUCUGUAGAGGACCUGAAGUCGGGUCACAUCUUCUACGUCCAGGACAGCCGGCGCAAACCCGAAUCCUCACAGGACGCGUUCAGCUUCUACAUCAGUGACGGGCACAGUCAGACUGAAGCCUUCAGCGUGGAAAUCGACAUCCAGCGGACUGAGGAGGUCAGAAAGCCGACGGUGUCUGUGAGCAGCAUCCACGUGGAGGAGAACUCUGGCGUUAUCAUCACCAACUCAUCUCUCAGUGUCCACGACGAAGACACGCCGGAGAGCGAGAUCCUCUUCACCAUCGUCAGAAUUCCCACCUAUGGGAAACUGCGCCGGCGCCAGUUCUACUCCCAACCGUUAGGAAACGGUCGGGUCCUCACCCAGGGCUCCACCUUCACCUACCAGGAUGUCCUGGACCGGCUGCUGGUCUACGUGCCGGAGACGGUCAACGGGGGGGUUGACGAAAUGGGCUUCACUCUCACCGACGGCGUCCAUACGCACACGGGCCGGCUGGAGUUCACCAUGGACGUCAGGAGGACCGAAGGUCCUCGAAUGACCAUCAACAGAGGCCUUCAGCUUCCAGCAGGAUCGUCGUCUAAAAUCACCGAGCAGAACCUGAAGGGUUCUGACAUCGACUCGGACAGCCUGAAGCUGCGCUACGUCCUGACCAAAGACCCUCCGGUGGGCCGACUUCUGCUCAGCAGGACCGGACACCCGGAGAAGGUUUCUGUCAAAGGUCCAGUCCAGAGCUUCACCCAGGACGACGUCAACAAAGGCUUGCUGCAGUACCGCCAUGAGAAAGGACAGAAAGGAGGCAGCCUGUCGCUCAAGUUCAACCUGGUUGACCCAGAAGGCAACAAGCUGAUCGACCAGUCCUUCUUCAUCAGCGUUCUCGAGGACCAUCUCCCUCCAUCUGUGGAGGUCAACAAAGGCCUGGUUUUGGAUGAAAACUCCAUGAAGAAGCUGACCACCCUGCAGCUAUCGGCCAGCGAUCAGGACAGCGAGCCAGGAGAACUUGUCUACCGGAUCACCAAAGAGCCGAGCCUCGGGCACCUGGAGCACACUGCCAGUCCCGGAGCCAGAAUCCCGUCCUUCACUCAGGCUGACCUGGUGUCACGCAGCAUCCAGUAUGUCCAUACCAGCACAGAGGAGAAACACGCCGACCAGUUCUCCUUCAGCCUCUCAGACGGGACAAACGAGGUUGCUCAGACGUUCUACAUAACCAUCAAGCCGGUGGACGACUCGCUACCAUUGCUCCAGAUCCCUGGCAUGAGAGUCCAGGAGGGUGUGAGGAAGACCAUCACCGAGUUUGAGCUGAAAGCUACAGAUGCAGACACAGAGGCCGAGUCUGUCACCUUCACCGUUGUCCAGCCUCCUCGCCACGGUGCCAUUGAGCGAACCAGUAAUGGCCAACACUACCGCCACACCAGCACCUUCACGAUGGACGACAUCUAUCAGAACCGCAUCAGCUACAACCACGAUGGCUCCAACUCGCUCAAGGACCGCUUCACCUUCUCUGUGGCCGAUGGCACCAACCUGUUCUUCAUGGUGGAGGAAGACGGCAAGGAGAUUGUGACGGCUGCUCCUCAGAAGUUUAAGAUCGAAAUUCUUCCAGUCGAUGAUGGAACGCCUCGCAUCGUCACCAAUCUGGGGCUUCAGUGGCUGGAGUACAUGGACAACAAGGCCGUUAAUUUAAUCACCAAGAAGGAGCUGCUGACGGUGGACCCAGACACGGACGACACACAGCUGGUGUACGAAGUCACCGCUCAGCCGAAGCACGGCGUCCUGGAGAACAAAGUCAAACCCAGAAGCUCCGUCACCUCGUUCACUCAAGCUGAUAUCAACCUGGGUCUGAUUCGCUACGUGCUACAUCAGGAGAAUGUCCUGGAGACCAUGGACAACUUCCAGUUCCUGGUCAAAGACAGCAAACCCAACGUGGUCAGCGGCAACGUCUUCCACAUCCAGUGGUCUCUCAUCAGCUUCCAGCACAAGAGCCACAACGUGAGUGAGAAGGCUGCUACCGUAGCGAUAACGGUAAAGCGAACCGGAAACCUGAAUCAGUAUGCCAUCGUUCUGUGCCGCACCGAGCAGGGCAGUGCUAAAUCCACCGGCUCUCAUCCUGGCCAGCACGACUACGUGGAGUUUGCCGGACAGGUGCAGUUUGAUGAGCGGGAGGACACCAAGGUGUGCACUAUCGUCAUCAACGAUGACAAGGUGUUCGAGGGCAUCGAGAGCUUCCACGUGGAGCUGAGCAUGCCCGUGUACGCCCUGCUAGGUCCGAACACGCGCACCAUCGUCUACAUCAACGACACGGAGGACGAGCCGACCCUGCAGUUUGAUAAGAAGACGUACCACGUCAACGAGAGCAGCGGCCUCUUCCACGCUGCCGUCGAGAGAAGAGGCGACGCCUCCAGCACCGUGUCUGCUCUCUGCUACACCGUGGCUAAGUCAGCUCGAGGCAGCAGCCUCCACGGUGUGGAGUCCGGCUCCGACUACAAGAGCCGUGGGAUGUCCUCCGACAACCGUGUCAUCUUUGGUCCAGGCGUCAGCAUGUCCACCUGCGACGUUAAACUCAUCGACGACAGUGAGUACGAGCUGUCUGAGGAUUUUGAGCUGGUCCUGUCCGACGCCUCGGAAAAUGCCCGAACGGGGGACUUGACAGUGGCCAAGAUCAUCAUCGAUGGCCCCAAUGAUGCAUCUGUUGUUACACUCAGAAACGCCACCUUUACCUUCAGCGAAGAUGCCGGAACCAUUGAGAUUCCGGUGCUGCGACGCGGCAGUGACCUGUCCUCUGUCACCUCCGUCUGGUGUGCCACCAGACUGUCAGACCCUCCCUCGGCUAGCCCAGGAGUCGACUACAUCCCCAGCUCCAAGAAGGUGGAGUUCAAACCUGGAAAAACAGAGGAGACGUGCAGUUUGACCAUCAUGGAUGACGUACAGAACCCAGCCAUUGAAGGACCCGAGUCUUUUGUGGUUUUCCUCAGUUCUCCUCAGGGUGCUGUCCUACAGGAACCUUAUGAGGCCAAUGUGAUCAUCACCGACACCUUCCAGGACAUUCCCACCAUGCAGUUUGAGAAGAGUUCCUACACCAUAAAGGAGAAGGAGACCGUCCUCCACAUCCCAGUCAUCCGAACGGGAGACCUGUUCUUCAAGUCUUCAGUUCGCUGUUUCACUCGAACCAUGUCAGCCAUGGUGAUGGAUGACUUUGAGGAGAGGAAGAACACGGAUGAGUCGCGCAUCACUUUCCUGAAAGGAGAGAAGGUGAGGAACUGCUCUGUUCACAUUAACGAUGACUCCGUAUUCGAACCUGAAGAGGAGUUUGAGGUGCAUCUCGGUACGCCGCUCGGAGACCACUGGAGUGGCGCCAUGGUUGGCCCACGGGACGUUGUCACCAUCACCAUCACCAACGAUGAAGAUGCUCCUACAGUCGAGUUCGAGCAGGCGUCCUACCAGGUCAGAGAGCCUUCGAUUCCAGACGGAGUUGAGGAGAUCAACAUCAAAGUGAUCCGCCGUGGGGAUCUGGACCGAACGUCCAAGAUCCGCUGCAGUACCCGGGAUGGGUCGGCCCAGUCUGGAGUUGACUACAAUCCCAAGAGCCGAGUCCUGAAGUUCCCCCCGGGAGUGGACCACAUCCUGUUCAAAGUGGAGAUUUUGUCCAAUGAGGACAGGGAAUGGCACGAAUCCUUCUCCCUGGUUCUUGGGCCCGAUGACCCUGUGGAGGCUGUGCUGGGGAAGGUCACCAUGGCAACAGUGACUAUUCUGGACCAGGAGGCUGCAGGAAGUCUCAUCCUCCCAGCUCCACCGAUUGUGGUCUCUCUGGCUGACUACGAUCAAGUUCAGGAAGUGACCAAAGAGGGCAGUGGGAGGAGCCCCUCCCCAGGCUAUCCUCUGGUGUGCGUCACCCCCUGCGACCCCCACUACCCCAAGUUCUCUGUGAUGAAGGAGCAUUGCCAGGAGGCGGGAAUCAACCAGACACAAGUCCACUUCUCCUGGGAGGUGGCGGCACCCACUGACUCCAGCGGAGCUCGGUCCCCGUUUGAAACGGUGACGGACACCACGCCGUUCACUGGCGUCAACCACAUGGUUCUUGACAGCAUCUACUUCAGCCGUCGCUUCCACGUCCGCUGCAAGGCUCAGGCUAGGGACAAAGCCGGUCACCUGGGAACGCCGCUGAGGAGCAACAUCGUGAUCGUCGGUACCGAGGGCUCCAUCUGCCACACCCCUAUUACCACGGGAAACGCCCGGGGCUUCCAGGCCCAGUCCUUCAUUGCCACGCUGAAAUACCUGGAUGUGAAGCACAAGGAACAUCCCAACCGCAUCCACAUCUCGGUGCAGAUCCCCCACCAGGACGGCAUGCUGCCUCUGCUGUCCACCAUGCCGCUGCACAACCUGCAUUUCCUGCUGUCAGAGUCCAUCUACAGGCAGCAGCACAUCUGCUCUAACCUGGUGACCAUCAGAGAGCUGCAGGGCCUCUCAGACUCGGGCUUCCUGGAAGAUGUUUCCUAUGACAGCAUCUCCCUGGGACCAGGCUACGACCGGCCAUACCAGUUCAACCCCAACGUUAGGGAGGCAAAAAGCAUCCAGCUCUACAAACACCUCAACCUCAAAAGCUGCAUCUGGACCUUUGACGCCUACUACGACAUGACCGAGCUCAUCGACAUCUGCGGGGGCUCCGUCACUGCAGACUUCCAGGUUCGAGAUUCUGCUCAGUCCUUCCUGACGGUGCAGGUCCCUCUCUAUGUGUCCUAUAUCUACGUCACAGCUCCGAGAGGCUGGGCGUCUCUGGAGCACCACACAGAGAUGGAGUUCUCCUUUUUCUACGAUACGGUGCUCUGGAGGACAGGGAUCCAGACGGACAGCGUCCUCUCAGCCCGGCUGCAGAUCAUCAGGAUCUUCAUCCGAGAGGACGGCCGACUUGUCAUCGAGUUUAAAACUCAUGCUAAGUUCAGAGGUCAGUUUGUCCUGGAGCAUCACACCCUGCCGGGUCACGCGUCCCGCCUGACGGCGCCGGACCACCUCGGGGGAAUGGAGUUUGACCUGCAGCUUCUGUGGAGCGCUCAGACCUUUGACUCGCCGUAUCAGCUGUGGCGAGCCACCAGCUCCUACAGCCGGAAGGACUACUCUGGAGGGUACACCGUCUUCCUGAUCCCCUGCACCGUCCAGCCUACUCAGCCCUGGGUCGACCCUGGAGACAAACCCCUGUCCUGCACGGCUCAUGCUCCAGAAAAGUUUCUGGUGCCGAUCGCCUUCCAGCAGACCAACCGACCCGUCCCGGUUGUUUACUCCCUCAACACGGAGUUCCAGCUGUGCAACAACGAGAAGGUGUUCCUGUUGGACCCGGCCACCACUGACGUCUCCAUGGCUGAGAUGGACUAUAAGGGAGCUUUCUCCAUGGGUCAGACUCUGUAUGGUCGAGUUCUGUGGAACCCAGAGCAGAACCUGAAUGCUGCCUACAAGCUGCAGCUGGAAAAGGUGUACCUGUGCACUGGCAGGGAUGGUUACGUCCCCUUUUUCGACCCAACGGGAACUCUGUACAAUGAAGGUCCACAGUACGGCUGCAUCCAACCCAACAAACACCUAAAACACCGAUUCCUGCUGCUGGAUCGUUCACAGCCGGAUGUUUGUGAUCUGUUUUUCCAUGACGUUCCCUUCGAGGCGGAUUUUGCCUCUGAUGUUGCUGAGCUGCAGUCCAUGGCGUCCAUGCCGGGGGUGGACGGCUUCACCAUGAAGGUGGAUGCCCUCUACAAGGUGGAGGCGGGGCAUCAGUGGUACCUUCAGGUGAUCUACGUAAUCAGCCCAGAAUCACACUCCAGCACCAGAAUCCAGCGCUCUGUCACUUAUCAGCUGAGUCGCUCCAAACGCGACCUGGUGGACCGCGGCGGGCGGCUGAUGCUGGACGACUCCCUGAUCUAUGACAACGAGGGCGAUCAGGUGAAAAACGGCACCAACAUGAAGUCCCUGCACCUGGAGCUCAGCCCGUCCCCCACCUUUAACGCCCAUGUGGGCGGCUCGGUGGGCGGAGGUGUGGCUGCCCUCACCCUCAUGAUCCUGGUUCUCCUGGCGUCGUGCUUUCUGUUCCGCCGCUGCAGACGAGCGGCCAAGAAGAAGAGCGAGGCGGCACCCAAAGGCUACGAAGAAUACCCGCUGAACACCAAGGUGGAGGUGUGCAUGGACAAAUGUGUGGAGAAGAACUUCAGCUCCAAGCACUGCACGGUGAGGAACGUCAACAUCAACCGCAACCAGGAGGCGAGUGGGAAGGUGAAGCAGGUCAACCUGGAGGUGAAGGUCCUUAACAACCUGAGCGAUGGCACUGAGGUGUGAGACCACGUUUGUAGCUUAUGGAGCAGGUCCUUUUAUACUGGUGUGACAAAAGGGAAGCUACCUCAGGAAUAUUCUGAUCUUCCAACAUCUGUUAGGUUUUGCUCCACCUUCAGAGCAGCGAAGCAGAACGAGAAUCUCUUCAUGCCUCUCACCGUCGCGGCUGCAUCGACGUCCUGGAGUUGAACUGUUACGGUCUGCUGCUGUGCCCCAGAGGCUCUAUCCCUGUAAAAAACCACAAAUAAGCGGUUCCUUUCAAGUGCAAUUACACCCCCCCCCCCCCCAACACACACACCUGCAACUGAAGCACUGCCACCUUUACUCUCUCCAGAUUCUCUAAUUUUAAUAAAGUAUCUUUGAACUGAAUUAAGUGCCAUGCAGAUCUUACUCCUCAUAGGUCCAAACACAGAUGCGAUGCUGAUGGGGGGGUCUGCCCAAAGAAACAAUCAUCCUGCGUGUUUCUGCGUCGCGGAUCGGCCGUUUUGUCCUGCUUUAUGUUCAAACUACUGAUUUGUUUUUAUUUCUCAGUAAUUCUGGUUUGAAGCACUGAAACCUUGUGUUUAUUUCUCUGAUCCCACCUUUUGUCCUCUAGCUGCGUGCCUGUCCAACAGAAGAAUGGGGAACUGGGGGAAACAUAUUUUUGGUGCUGUUUGAUUUUAUUUUUUGAAAAAUAAAACAUAAUUAGGA